AUGUUAUAUGAAAUUAUUUCUGGACUUAAUAAUAUACAUAGAGAAAAUCUUAUUCAUUGUGAUUUUCAUGAUGGCAAUAUUUUAAAUCAUAAUGAGAAUAACUUUUACAUUAGUGAUUUAGGAUUAUGUCGACCUAUAAAAUCAUUUUUGAAAAAAUAUGAUAUUUAUGGUGUUAUACCAUUUAUGGCACCUGAAGUUUUAAGAGGUAAUUCUUAUACUCUAGCUAGUGAUAUAUAUAGUUUUUCUAUGAUUAUGUGGGAAUUUACGUCUGGGAUACCACCAUUUAAUAAUAUACAACAUGAUCUUCACCUUAGUAUAAGUAUUUGUAAAGGUGAACGCCCUGGAAUUAUUAAAAAUACUCCACAAUGUUAUGUAGAUUUAAUGAAAAAAUGUUGGGAUGAGGAUCCAUCAAAAAGGCCAUCUGCUAAUGAAGUGUUA